AAAUCUGUCAAGCAUCUGAUCAUGAUCGGAGACCACUUCCAGCUACCUCCGCCAGUUCAGAGCACUAGUCUCCGAGAGAACUACGGCUUUGGCCGUAGUUUGAUGCAGGAGUUGAUCUCGUCUGGAGUGAAACCAGCAACCCUGAUGCGCCAAUCCAGAAUGGAUCCGGAGAUUGCGAAAUACUUGAGGGCGGACAAAUCUGGUGGCCAAUUCAUGUUGCACCAUUAUCGAUCUGAAGAGCAAGAACGCCGCAUUGAAGAGGAGAGAAGAUUGGAACAAGAAAGGGAAAUUGCUAAGACGCCUCGUAGUGUAAGAGCAGCGUUGCAAGCAGUUGAAGCAACAGGCGAACUAGAGGAGGCAGAAGAAGAAGAAGAGGAUGAGAUAGAAGAGGACGAAGGAGAUAACUGGGGCAGCAGUGCCGAUGGCGACCAUUGGGGUGUUGAUCCGAGUUUGGCUGAUUGGGGAUGGGCACCUGCGCCGACACCUGAGGAUGACCCACCAGAUGAUCCCUUUGCUACGUCUGGCGGUAAUUCAACAUCUGCUGUCACGACUAAAAAGAAAAAGAAGACGACAUCAGCAUCUUCUACUAUCGGAGGAGGUGCAUCAACUACCGUGGCGAAGAAAACAGCAGCUGCUCUUGCCACAGCCACUUGCGCGAGGACGACAGUAGCUCUGGUUCCUAAUCCCUCGACCUCGUCCAACAUAGCAGAUCAUCUGACAGCUCACGAUGAAAUCCAAAUCGCUUCUAGUUGUAGUACUUCCCUCUCGAAGGAGGAAAGAAAAGCGCAAUACGUUGCGCGUUAUCCGCUGUUGAAGGACAAUUUGUCGAUUGUGGGCAAAUAUCGUCGCGAAUCUGUAAUGUUAUUGCCACCAGAAAAACGAGAUGAAGCAUUUCUAGCGGAUUUUAUGGAUCCGGAAGUUGCACCAAUUUUCUUCUGGGAUACACCUUACCACGACAACAUGAGUUCAACAGCUGGCAACUGGCAAGAAACGAAGCAGGAGUUGUCUUACACGAAUGAAGAUUAAGGCUCAAUACAAUUCACUUGCAUUUCUACCAGUCAUUUCUCACGACUUGUUCCUUCUCAUCUUGAUUCAUUGGGAGGCACCAUAUAACAGGCGCAGGAUGUGAAUCGCUUUGAGCUCUAAGAAGAAGAAGCAUAUCGCGUCGUCUACCUCUACCUGCACAUGAUCUCACAAGGGAUCAAGCCAGAAAAAGUCACGCUGACGUCGCCCUAUAGAGCCCAAGUGCGGUUGAUGAGGGACAAAUUGAGGGAGCUUCGUGACAAAAGGGAGUUCAAGUUGCUGCAGGCAGAUACUGCUUUGAUGGGCUGCUCUGAGGAUGGCAACUUGAAGGGGCAACUUGGUACCAGGAUCGACCCAGAGUUAAGGCUUGUUCCCUAACCGAUCCAUCUUUUUGAAAGAUAAAAACUAUCCUAAAGAGUCAGUUUUUCAAGGGAAAAACAAGGGAACAACUGGGAUGAAUCUCAAGAUGAUGGAUAAGGGUGAGCUCUAACAGAGUUCGUCAAGCAGUGUGACCCGAUGUUGCAGUCGACUUUUGAGGACGUCAUUUGCACACCUCUGGACGGAUACCAAGGAAACCAAAAUGACCACAUUAUUCUGAGUUUGGCGCGCUCGAAUCCGCAUCACGAUGCGGGUUUUUUGAUUAUGAGGAUACUUAAAUUGUUAUUUGAAAUUCAGUGUGAUAUCAGUCAGAUGAAAGGAAACUAGAACUACGACCAUGAUCUACUAUUUUAAUGCAGCACUCCCAGCACCUCCUGUGCUCGUGGUAAUAAAAGAACUCACUUGCAGCAAAUUAGUCUUCACUCGUCGCGGUAAGUCAAAGUCAAUUUUGAGUAAGUAUCUUCUUCAUGAUCUCUCAUCUAUCUCUAAUCCCCAAAAAAAACCCGAAGGCAUCUGUCGGCGAACGGUGGCUCAAAGUAGAAGUAGGAAGUCUUUGAUUGUGGUCGGCGACGCCAAGUGCUUCUCUAUGGAUAAGAGCAAAAGCGGCGCUCUCGUUCCUAAUCCGGUUUGGGGUGAAGGAUUCAUUGAGCUAUUGAAAGUUAUGUUCUUGUUGAUGGGAAGAAAUUUCAGCUUAGAAAGUUCUUUAUCUUUAGGAGCCAAGGCCAACAUGAUUCAUUAGCACAAAUAGUAUUGGGGCGAGAUUCUUCGACUUCUGCUGUCAUAACUUCGAUCUAUUUUUUCUGGUUGGGGUUAAUUAUUAAUAUAUAGUAGAAGAAAGUGAGUUUGAGUAAAAAGAGGAGUAAUAAGUAAGAAAGCAGCUUGUCCCUCUCGGUCUCUCCACCACCACCGACCUUUUCCUUCAUAUCUCCCGACAACCGCGUCUGCGAUCAAUUGACACUGCGUUGUCCUAGACAUCCAGAUAAGGGACUUUUCAAGCACAUUACUUGCGCUAGCGACUUGCAAGAUCCGAUCACCGAGGACCACGGCUCGUUUUGCCCUGAAGCCUGCAUUACUAGUAGCAAAACGAUUAAAGAUUGAGGCAACUACAAUUUUACCACCUGUACUUGAAGAUUCAUCUUGCGGAACUCUUAAUUUAUUUGGGAUAUGUUCUACCUGAUUCAUCUUGAGGUGCUCGUUGAUGAGGACAUUCAGGCAUCAUAAGAGAGCAUCUGCUAGAGAGCAUCUGCAGCUCUAGCUUCUAGGUGGAUGCGUCAUAUUAAACUUUUUAAUAUUAUGGAAGAUAAUCGUAAAGGUAUGAGAUGAAAGCUCUAAGAAGAGUGGGAUGCAGCGACGAGUCGAUACGUGACGAAGGCGAAUCCGGACUAUCGUAGGAUGACCUGCGGACACUUCUGUGCUAGGAAGUGCCACUUUGGACCAUGCGAUGCCCGUUUUUGUAGGAAAGAAGUCGAAGUUCCGUGUCCCGUGAAUCCCAAAGGACACCCAGCUCUGAAAAGAAGAUGCAAUGAGAAAGAAGUUGUUUGUUAUGGCUCCAGAUUUUUUGGAUUUUAUUGGCCUGGAGAAGUCGAAUACUAGCAGCUCCAAUCCCUCGCCAGCUCUUCCAUAUUCCAACUUAACCCAGUAUAAGAUCAAGUACUAGAUUUCUUUCCAUUUUCCAACCUAUACUUAACCCAGUAUAACAGUAUAAGAUCAAGUACUAGAUUUCUUUCCUCCAACAUCCACUUUCUAACUCCCCAUGCAUCCGGUCCGGUUCCAAUGCGGUCGCGAACGUCCGUCCGAUACCCCUGGCUCCCUACCAACGAAAUGCAAACGGUGGGUGGACCGGUAUUGCUACCAUUACGGCUUCCACGAAUCCAUCUUGUUCACGAGCAUCCUCCCUAGGAGCAUUAAAGGGGUCCAGGGUGGAUGCACCUGGCUUGACGAGGUGAAGAUGGAUUUAGGGAAGGGCUAAGAUCAGGAUCCCAGAACAGUUGUGUGUGAGAUCGAUCACACCUGUCCCAGAUGUCACCAAAUUAUCAAAGGAGACUGCGAUGCGCGUCCGGAAGACCUGAGAUGCGAAGUGCCAGUACAGUUAUGACGUGAACUGUCCCCCUCAGCUUUCCUUCUGUUCCUUUUCUCAGUGUUGCUGUUCUUGUAAAUGUAAUCUUAGAAGUAGAACUAGUUCUCGUUGUAGUUGCCAUCUCGAUAAUUCAUCAGCUACUUCCUCUCCCUGCUCAUAAAAACACCCCAAGCACAGCCUCUAACCCCUGUAAAGCUCGCCUGCGGGCAUACGUUUACUGGGAAAUGCAGUGAACGUAACUCGAAAAAGAAGUGCACACACGAGAUGGAGUCUCGUUGUAAAGCACGCGCUCAUCGACGGACUCUACCAUGUCAUGCUCAUCAGCGAUUGAUGGAGCAAGAAGAAAUUCACGGAUCUCUGUGCUGGCAAGAAGUAGAAUUCACAUGCAAAGCAUGUAAUCGGACACAGAAACUUAUGAUGUCGUGAUGGAGGACGUGCGCGUGGUUUUUUCUUUUUGAGAUCCAUCUUCAACACAAGUUAUCAUGUACUUAGUAACAAAUCUCCCGUACCCCUCGACUCUCUACUUGUAUUUUCUUUCCUUCUUGCAUCUAACCUCCGUUUCUGUCGCGACGAGGAGGAGUGCGGCUACACGUGUGGCAAGAGGUGUAAAGCGGGUUUGCAUGUUUGUGAGGGUCGCUGUGGCGACCCAGCGCAUGACUGUAUCGCAGACGACCACUCAGAUGCGUGCCCCAGAUGCGCCAAGGACGAGGCACAUGGUCAGUUGCAGAAGCUGUUCCAUCAAGAACUCGCUACUGGGAAAGCGAAUAGCUUUCAUAAUGAAGUUGUUAUGGAGGACGAAAGUGAACCGGAAGGAAGCGCCACAGCUGGUGCAGUUGUUCAGCGAUUCUCGCUGUAAUAGCUACUUUCUCUGUCAGUUAGCAUGAGCAAACAAUUCAUUGGUAUCCAUAUUAUCUUGACUCGUCCACGCAUGUACAAGUACACACUUUUUUAAGACGCAUCCUGUUGUAAGAACAACAAACUUGUUCUAUCUUGCGAAUCGUCUUCAACAUACUUAUCUAAUCGUCCAGAACAAUCGUUUUUUGUGAAGAAACACCAGCAAUUUCGAUGGUUUCCCCUUUCGCAAUUACUCUUUCCAGAAUCUGCAGUCUACAACGUCGAUCCAGACGGUGUCUCUCUAGAGAAAAAAAUAGACGAUUUGAGAAAAAUGUUGGGCGUUACGGCGACCUCUUCUACCUCUUCGCAGAGCAAUAAGAAUAAGGCAACAAGAACUUCUACUAGAGUAAGGCCAAUAACGGGUUUCGAGUUGCUCGAGUUGCCACGAGUUGCUCGAGUUGCCGAAGCGAAGAGCUUCACUGCUGGAACGAGUUGCCACGAGUUGCCGGGAGGUGUCCGCUCCAUCGAAAUGGAGCGAAGCAGGGCGGUGCGAGCACAAACCCAGCCGGUCGAAGGGGCGAAGCGUAGGGGCGUGCUGCGUUUGUUGUUGCUCAUGAAAGGGGCAAGCGGGUGCGAGUGCCUCCUGGGCCCUUAUGACUUUUUUUUGUAGCUUGCCAGCGGGCGUAUAUUAAAGCGAAACCAAGGGGGCGAAAGACUCUGCCCGUUGUUGUUUUUGUUUGAUGUCAGUGUCGCUGUGGCGUGUGGUGUCGUCUGGUCGGUGGCGAUCUCUCCCAUUUUUCUUCGGAUGUAUUCCCAAUAAAUCUACUUCGGGGGUGCGAGCGAGUAGCCCCCGUCUGCUUUAUAGGGCGGCGCGUCUAGCCUUGCUUGGGGGUGAGUAGACUAGAGAAAGCACCAGCUGGGAGUGGAAGCUGGAAGUGGAUGAUCACACUAGAUUCGCGAGUAAUUAGAUGUUCGUUGACCAAGCAAGUGGCUGAGAUGAAUCCUGAGCCCGAGACGGUUACUCGCUCCUGUCUCAAGGGUGCACUCCGAAGAAAAUCAAGGAUCAGAGACACGGCGCGCAGUGUCGUACGCUCCUGCUAAGGUUUCGCGGAGUCUCAUAAAGCUGCGCCCGAAGGGCGCCGCGCAAAAAAUUAGGGUGGGCAACUCGAGCAACUCGAGCAACCCGAGCAACUCGACCCGAUACGGGUCAAAAAGUGCCUUACUCUAUUCUACUUCCAGCGCUCUUGCGAACAAGAACAAUCGACUGCUGCACAGUCUACCGAGACAACUGGACGUGGUGCAGGUAAGCAGUCUAGGCGAAUGUGUCGCAAUGCAACCGCAGUACUUGUACAUUUUGAGGCGAUGCUUGGGCCCAGAGCUGAAGAUUCCGGUGCACUUUUUUCGAAAGAAGGAACACUUCUUAUGAGCAGGUCUGUGCAUAGAACUGCAAGUCGUAAAUGUGAAAUGUCAUGUUGUUGUUGUUGUACUUGUAGACAGGGUGGAACGAAGCUAGUUCUUAUACAACGAGUGGUUGUGGUUGAUGUUGUCCCCGGCUCCUAGUACAACUAGUAGUACCUAGUGGAGGCUUACAGCUAUAGCCUCUAGCGGCUUAGCUUUUUCAGCAGCUAAGCUCGUAGUAGUUUUACCUGAUAGAUAACCAUCAUCACUAUGAUCCAUCUAAUUUUCGGUGAAGAAGAGUUCAAAUUGAUAGUUUCCGACGAGACGGAACUAUGGGAGUUCGAACAUGUAACACAAAGACCGCACCCGCGGAUCCCUCUCACAGACGGCAAAUUGCAUCGCAGCUACCUAGCGCAAGUGUGGAGUCAGACCGCAAAGAAGCUGACCACUGUGCUCUCUUCUGGUGCACAUAUUUUUAACUCUCCUGGGGAGGUUUCUUCAUCGAACAAGAACGGGUGCGAAGGAGGUAGUACGGAAUGUCGGGAAAUAACACGGGCGAUCCUAGAUAGUGGCAAUCUAAUACACUACGGAUGUAGUGGCAUGAUAGGCGCAAGAAUGAGUGGGGGCCCUGGAUUUUCUCCUGAUCACAAUAGCCAACAUGAUUUUCAUCUAAGGUCCUCAACAACAAAAACGUCCAGUAAUACAACUUCAACAGCGUACAACAGCUCAUCAACGUCUUCUUCAUUAUACAACUUCUACAGCAACUACAAAGGAAAGAACCAGAUGCAUUUUGUGCACCUUUUGUGGGCUUUUCGCACGAUUAUAGAGUAUUUCCCGAAGUGCAAAGUAGAAAUACCCAUCUACAGGCCAAAAGCGGAUAGUCUCAAAAAGGAUUACCCUUCCCUCUUCCGCCAAAUCGUCGAUUUGGAACGUGAACGCUGCGAGAAGUUGAAAAUACCGGUUUUAUGGCUAUGUAUAAGACUAAGUCGUUCUGCUUCUGUCCCAGCAACUGGUCGCACCUAAGUACGUAUGCGACAGAAAGUCUGCCUGUGCGUAGACUGCGGUUGUCGGCGAUGUUGGUAAUCCACUACCGAGAAGAUUCCUAAAAUAAUACAGCGACUACCAACAAAAAUAAUGUUCAUGAUCUUCAAAUAUAAAUACAAGGAUUUCUCUCUAACUUCCCGUGGCGAAAAUGAGCUUUUCAUCAUGGUCCGCCACGACCAAGACGUGGAUGUCAAGUGUCUGGACCUGGCGCAGCUGCAGAUGAAAGGAUCGACACUUUUUGGUGGAGGCUUCGUUAUGGUUGAUCGUCUAGUACUCAGACUUCACUAGAGAAAUUACUAGAAGAGAUGUCAUCACCUUUUUCCAUUCAUGAUGAUGAAUCAAUCGGUCAAAAAUGUUGACUAAGCCCUCUCCUGCCGUGUCAGUCACUGUCUUACGUAGAAAGACAAAAAUCUAUCUCCAAGAUGAAAUACCCAUAAUAUUUAUUAGUAGUCGGUCCUCGAGGACGACCUCGGACUUUUUCAUCAAACACCACUUCUGGUUUUCCUACCGCCCAGCAAUAGAAGUACACAUAUAAUUAUGUCCUGCGCUAACCCCCUCACCCAACGCAGCAGCAAUUCUUCCAAAGCAGAGAAGACCAUUAUUGUGACGAACGACGCCUACAGGGACCAUCGAACGAACUAUCCGCUUUUGGAUUUUACAACUCUGCUCGCACCUUACAGCAUUGUCCACGAAAGAGAAGCGAUUCUUUUUUGAGCUCUGCGGGUGCGUGGCGCCCUACUUCAUCUACAGCUACAGCAUUGUCCACGAAACAAGAGAUGGGAUUGUUUUCAAGGUUUGUUCAGCUGUUAAUCAGGUAAGACAUCAACACCAUUUAAUAGGAUGGAUUACCAGGUAACAUGUCAUGAAGUUGUCGAUGUGGUCGUGAGAUCAAACUGAAAGCUGCGACAAAUAAAUAUUGAAACACAAUAAGGAGGUCAAAAUAGACGAAGACGAGAUACAGAUAUGACACAAAAGAAGGAACAGCAUGGCGGAUUUAUUAACUAAGCAUUCUAGUUCUACUUUCUUGUUCUAUUUAUUUUCGUUUUAUUGUGACUGAGUUGGGAAAGAAAAAAUCAAAUUACUAGGUACUUCCAAUUAAUGUUGAGCCCGAGAUAGUUGUGUAAUCAUUGCAGUUGGGUCCCAUCAAAUUCAAGAGAAUCAUGUUUUCGAGGAGCUGGAGCUUGCAUCUCCUAUUCCUAAAGAGUAGCACUAGUAUCACGACAGAUGUAUUUUUAAACACAGUAUCUACCAACAAUAUCAUUUGGAGAAGUGAUUAUAGUUAUCAAAAAUAUCAUCUACACCUCAUUACCAUUACGUAAUUAUACUUCAGACAUUACCUCAUUUAGUUUUGGCUCAUUUACAUUUUUCAAAAACCAACAAGAAGGUUGAUACCACUUAUAUCAAAAUCCAAGACUCAUCAAAAAAAUCUUACGUCGAUUUCCAAAUCACCCAGCCUCAGCGUUCUCCUUGUCAGACGAGCAGGAGCUGCAUACGUGUUGAGAAAAAAAAUCCACUUGUUCUGCAACAAAUUUGUUGAAUUUCUAACAGGAACGAAUUUCUUC